CUUGUACCAUGUGACCUCUGUGAUCAUUCACAGAUUUCACACGUAGUAAGCAAUGAUGUCAGAAGUGACAUCUUGCUUACUACUCUGCAUGUGAUCACUGAUUUGCCAAUCAGUGAUCACAUGAUCGGGACCUUGCACAGAGGUCCCGAACGACGAUUGGUGUUCCACUGCGGGCACCGGAUCGAGCUCGCACAGUUCAAAAUGGCGGGCACCGUUUAUGAACGGCAACCUGCCCCUGGACUGCCACCGUCCGGCCAUUUAUAUACAGCGGCCGGAUGGCAAGUGGUU